GGGGGAGAAUAUGGACGUUCGACGAAAUUGUGUCACGGGCUGCUUUCUUCCGAUCCGAUCUGCUCAGCGGCGCUCAUUCGAUCGUGAGGCUUCGAAGAGAAAGGGUUUUUUUUUCUUCUGUCGACUGUCUUAGGCCCAAAAAACACCCAAACGAUGCGGUUUCCCUACACCGUCUGGACGGUUGCGAUCGUGCUGUGCGCGGUUCUGAGCUGCUCCUCCGCGCGAAAGCUGGACAGUAACAUUGCUUCCAACCUCAUCCCCGGCAGCAAUGCGCUGGGCCAGCAGAAGCAAAAUGCCGUCGUCGAUACGUACGAGGACGUUUCCGGUUCGGAGACGCAACAGGACGCCGGAAGCGAAGCGGUGCCGGAAAGCACCGAAACGAACGAAAUCGAGGACGAGGUGGCCAGCCCGGAGGUGGUGAACGAGGUGCUGGAGGAAUCGAACGUGGUGCCGCAGGAAACGGUCAGCGAAGCGUCCGUCGUCAACAUGGACGACUCGAGCCUGAUCAAUCGAUACUGCCGCUGCACCGCGUACGAGUGCAACUGCUGCCGGAACAUUGACGUGCCGCUGUUUCCAGUGAAGGGGCCGGGCUGUGCGGUGAUCCAGUAUCUGGACGGCGAUCGGAUGUCGGUCGGCAUUAAGUUUGCCGAUCGCAUGAUCCUGAACCGUGUCAUCUCAGCGAGGAGAGCGACACCGGUUUGCCUGCCCCUGCCCGGUGGCUACAAUCGUUUCUGUGGGCGCGUUUAUGGCAUUUCCCGCAAGGCGAACGAAGGCUUCAAGGCGUGCCUAGGGUUGGAGCUGCGCGCGGACGACGAGGUGGAGGCGGUGCUGCGAGUGUCCUGCUUUAAGUUUGGCCCACGUGGCCUGUCCGUCAUGGAUCCGGAACCGCUACCACCGGUGGAUGAUAUCGACGUGGGGGGCGAUGAGGAGGAUGAGGACGACGAGGACGAAGCGGAGGAGCUGUUCGGUUUUUCGCUCGAUGACGAUGAUGAUGAUGACGACGAUGAGGAGGAUGAUGACGAUGACGGUGGUGCCGAUAGUAGUAGCGUGCAGGAGAACGAAACCGAUCAGGGCGAUUCGCCCGACUAUACCGGCUUCAGCUUUCUCGAUCGUGACCUGAUGGGCAGCAUAUUUGGGGUGAAAAAGUUUUGGUAAACCGGGAGCAAGAUUGGAUAAGAAGAAGAAGAAAAAGAGGAAGCUAGAGUACUACCGAACGAUCGAUCGAUCGAUCUAAACCGUAGAGAGAAUUGAUUGGGAAGCAUGUAGCAAAUUACGAUUGCAACUUUAAUGGCAGACGCAAUGCUUUUUACCAGGUUAAUGUUAUGUUAACUUCCAAAUUUGCGUUGUUUUUAAGCUUUGGGUAUUGUCAGCAGCCCAGAAAUCGCAAAAGCACAAGGGGGAUUACACCCGUUACGAUGCAUUCACAGCGAAUGUAAAUAGUCAUUAGCCGCGGUGCGCGCAAGGCAAGCAGUUUUUAUAAGUAUUUAUGAAGAGCAAGUGUAUUAUUUAUUAUUACGACGCGACGCGGCAGACGCUAAGAGGAUUAAGGAUAAGAAAUAAACAAAUACAAAACCAUUCCAAGGAA